AGAACAAGUCACAUCGUCUUGAUACUUGUUACCUUGAUUUUCGUCUGUUACAUUUAUCCACUUACCAUUGUGACGUUGACGCUUGCAUCUAUAAUCGUCGGUAUAGUUAAUGGUAGCAAUUGACAGCUCCCUCUAUAUCGUGCUACUACAUAACUACAGUACGACGUACAGCGUACCUAACAAACAUCGCGUGAACAUAACCUACGUAUAGUGAAACGCUGCGGACGGUGGAUCAUCUCAUCACGCGCGAGGAUAAAAAACUUUCAACGUUAUUCAUUUGGAUUUGUGCGCCGUGACGGUUUCCGCUACACUAUCCAUAAAUUCAUCUCAUCUUCGUUAUCCUCUUCAACAGUGGAAAAAAUUGUUUAUAAAAGCCGACAAUGCCGCGAGGAAAAUUUGUAAAUCACAAAGGUCGCAACCGACAUUUCACUAAUCCAGAGGAAUUAGAAGAACAACGCCGUCAGGAAGAAGAGAAGAGAAAAUGGAGGAAAAACAAAGAUGAAGAUUCAUCAACCGAGGAGGAAGAAGAAGUUGCAAAGCCUUCUGGAAGCAAGAAAGAUAAUUCUGAAUCAGGCAGUGACGACAGUGAGUCUGAAUCGGAGUCUGAAGAUGAAGGAAGGUCUAAGAACAAAGGUGUAGAAAGUUUAAUUGAAAUAGAGAAUCCCAACAGAGUACAAAGGAAAGCAAAAAAGUUGUCUCAGCUUAAUGAAGUACUUGCCAAUGCUAAGCCAGAAUUGUCUCGAAGAGAAAGAGAACAACUAGAAAAACAAAAGGCAGCUGCAAAUUAUCAAAAGUUGCAUGCAGCUGGUAAGACGGACGAGGCACGAGCGGACCUAGCUAGGCUAGCCAUAAUAAAGCAGCAACGUGAAGAGGCGGCUAAGAAGCGAGAACAAGAAAGGAAGGCGAAGGAACUGGCGACGCAGAAACAGAAGGAGAUGAGGCUGAAGGCGCUACACGCUAGACGAGCUUAAAAUUGCGCAUCAAUUCUACACUUUUACGCUUUACCACCUUUGAAGAUGAUGAUUUUUAAACUGUGAACGGAUAAUUUUCAUUGAAAAAUACAUCGUUUUUUCCAUUACACACUGAGAAGAAAAAAGGUAAAUACGCGAAUAUGCAUGCGAAGUAUUAUUUUCAAUGAAAAUUUCUGUCAUCCUUAAAACUAUAUGUAGCUGAAACUUUAUACCGAACUUUUUGAAAGAAAAAUGUAUUGAGAUACAUAAAAACAUGGGUUAUAUGUAUAUUUUACUUAUUCUGAUUAUAACAGAAAGCGUGUUAACUAAACCGCACGCUAGACACUUUUAUUGUUGCUUCUAUCUGCAGUUGUGAAUAACAAAAUUUUUCUUCAGAAAUAUAUAAGAAUAACAAUUAUUGAUAAACUUGAAAGUAAAUACAUGGCUAGUGAUUUCUGACAAGACAAUGUACAUCAAU